AUGGCGGUGAACCGACUCCGCAGUGCACUGGCGGUACCUCGCAAGGGCGAGACGUACGAGCUUCGUGCUGGUCUGGUGUCGCAAUACGCCUACGAGCGUAAGGAGUCCAUCCAGAAGACCAUCAUGGCCAUGACGCUAGGAAAAGAUGUGUCUGCUCUAUUCCCCGAUGUGCUCAAGAACAUAGCCACCGGCGAUUUGGACCAGAAGAAGCUCGUCUACCUAUACCUCAUGAACUACGCCAAAAGUCAUCCCGACCUCUGCAUCCUGGCCGUCAACACUUUCGUACAAGACUCAGAAGACCCAAACCCUCUGGUCAGAGCACUGGCUAUCCGUACUAUGGGGUGUAUCCGAGUCGAUAAGAUGGUCGAUUACAUGGAGGAGCCGCUACGGAAGACGUUACGAGACGAGAGUCCCUACGUGCGCAAGACUGCUGCCUUGUGUGUGGCCAAGCUCUUCGACCUCAACCCGUCCAUGUGUCUGGAGAACGGCUUCUUGGAGACAUUGCAGGAGAUGAUUAGCGAUUCGAAUCCUAUGGUUGUCGCCAACUGUGUGACCGCACUCGUCGAGAUCGGAGAGGCAGCUCCCGAGACAAACGCCCUGAUCGUGACGCCUCAGACCCUGAAGAAGCUCCUACUCGCCCUCAACGAGUGCACUGAGUGGGGCCGCAUUACCAUUCUGUCCACCCUGGCCGACUACAAGCCCACCGAGCAGAAGGAAGCUGAGCACAUUUGCGAGCGCGUUGUACCACAAUUCCAACAUGCCAACCCUAGUGUCGUUCUGGCUGCUGUCAAGUUCACACUCGUAUCCUCUCAACCCGAAGUCCAAUACGUCGCUCUGCGCAACAUCGACCUCCUACUCCAGAAGCAGCCUUCCCUCUUGUCCAAGGAGAUGCGCGUCUUCUUCUGCAAAUAUAACGACCCUCCGUAUCUCAAGUUCCAAAAACUUCAGAUUAUGGUUCGCAUCGCCAACGACUCAAAUGUGGAACAGUUGCUUGCCGAAUUGAAAGAGUAUGCUAUGGAAGUCGAUAUGGAUUUCGUUAGAAGAGCCAUCAAAGCCAUCGGCCAGGUUGCCAUUAAGAUUGAAAACGCCUGCGAGAAGGCUGUCAACGUCUUGCUUGAACUUAUCAACACCAAGCAAGCAUACGUUGUGCAAGAGGUCGUGGUCGUCAUCAAGGACAUCUUCAGAAAAUACCCUGGUUAUGAGGGCAUUAUCCCUACGCUGUGUCAAUGCAUCGAUGACUUGGACGAGCCGACUGCAAGAGGCGCCUUGAUCUGGAUUGUUGGCGAGUAUGCUGAGAAAAUCAGUAACGCUGGUGAUAUCCUAUCUGGCUUCGUCGAUGGUUUCGCGGAAGAAUUUACUCAGAAGCCUGACCAAGCUCAAGGACUGGUCCAAAAAGUUCUCCAAACUGCAACUGUAGAGUGCGACAACCCAGAUAUCCGUGACAGAGCAUACGUCUAUUGGCGACUCCUGUCGAGUGAUCCUCAAAUCGCAAAGAAUAUUGUUCUCGCACAACGACCGGCCAUCACCUCAACAAUCUCAACCCUACCGAUACCGCUGCUCGACUCGCUCAUGCCAGACCUCUCGACGCUCGCAUCAGUCUACCACAAGCCGCCACAGACCUUCCUUGGUCAAGGUCGCUCAUCCGCCAACGCUCUGCAAGAAGCUGCCAUCGAGGAAGCGGCUCAGAACGCACGCGAGAACCCCUUGGCCGCUGCAGCUGCCGCGGCCGCUGCCUCAGGACAAGGCAGCACUGUACAAAGUCACGCCGAGAACCUACUCGAUAUCGACUUUGACGGUGCAGCACCGGCAAGUAUGCAAAAGGCACCUUCGGGCGGCUCAUCAGGACUUGAAGGACUUGCCGGUACACCCAUGCGUGUUGCCAGCCCAACGACUAAUGAACCUGUCGGUGGCGGCAUGGAAGAUCUCAUGGGUAUCUUCGGCUCUUCCGAUGGUGCUUCUGCCGCACCUGCCGCAGGAAACACUGGCUCUGAUGACUUGAUGAAUGGAUUCGCGAGCUUGAACAUGGAGGCUUCGCAACCGCCGCCACCACAGACACAGCUGCAAGGUGGAGGUGGCAACAAGGCCAACGAAGACAUCCUUGGUCUAUUCUAG